GUGGAUUUAAUUUAGAUGCAAUAAAGUCAGGUCAGACAUGACGAUUAUAAACGUCCUCGAAAUAAAAAUUAUAGCUGGAGCUUAGUAUAAUACCCAUAAUUCCUGGGAAAUAUAAUAAAUAAAACAAACCUUAUAAUUUCCCAAAUUAAGAUGCAGGGAGAAUAUUGGUGACACUUGUCCAAAUUCUGUUAACUUUGAACAUGGCCGAAUCCGGCGAAAUCAACCCACCGGCACCUAAACCCAACCCUGAAACUACCUCUCCGCCACCGGCACCGCCGCAGACAGAGCCACAGACACCAUUACUGCCGCCGCCGCCGCCGCCACCACCGCAACCGGGAUCCUCCCAAGCAAAGCGUCCCCAGCAACCGGAAUCCUCCCCAAACCCGACGACCCCUUCCGCCACCGAAUCCAAAGACAAAGACGUCACUCCCACCACAGCCAUAUCCUCCCGCCUUGCUGAACCUGAAUUCGUCUAUAUUCCCAGCUAUUCCCGUUGGUUUUCAUGGAAUAGCAUUCAUGAAUGUGAGGUUCGCUUUCUUCCUGAAUUCUUCGACGGAAGGUCACCUUCUAAGAACCCUAAGACAUACAAAUACUGUAGGAAUACAAUUAUUCGUAGAUUCAGAGAUAACCCCACUAAAAAGAUCACCUUUACUGAGGUUCGCAAGACCAUUGUUGGAGAUGUGGGUUCAAUUCGUAAAGUUUUCGAUUUCUUGGAGACAUGGGGUUUGAUUAAUUACACUGCUAACACUUCCAAGUCUCUCAUCAAAUGGGAAGAAAAAGAGUCAAAAUCAGCAUCUGCAUCAGCUUCGCAUAAUGCUGACGCUAAUGGAACUUCCACUGAUUUUACUGUCCCCAAGAAAAGGGUGUGCAGUUCCUGCAAAACUAUUUGCAGGAUUGCUUGUUUCGCUUCUGAUAAGUAUGAUUUGACUCUUUGUGCAAGAUGCUAUGUUAGUGGUGAUAAUAGAGUCGGUGUGAAUAAUUCAGACUUUCGGCGAGUUGAGAUUAGUGAAGAAGCUAAGACAGAUUGGACGGACAAAGAGACUUUGCUCCUUUUAGAAGCUCUUCUGCAUUAUGGUGAUGAUUGGAAGAAGGUUGCUGCGCAUGUUGGUGGCAGAAGCACGAAGGAAUGUGUGGCUAGAUUUGUGAAGCUUCCUUUUGGUGAGCAGUUUAUGGGCCCUCUUGAAUCUACAGAAGUGGAUAGUGAACCCAAGUCUGAAACUAUGCAUCCUCAGUCCAAGAGAAUGCGCCUCACUCCCCUUGCCGAUGCAAGCAACCCAAUAAUGGCUCAGGCUGCUUUCCUCUCUGCUCUUGCAGGAAAAGAGGUUGCAGAAUUAGCAGCACAUGCCGCUGUUACAGCUUUGUCUGAGAUUGGAGCGGGAAUAACCAAAGGGAAUCUAGGAUCUCUACUCGGUGGUGCAGAGGGGCAAGAAUCGGAUGGCACUUCCAAUAGGUAUGGCAAGGAUAUCGAAAGAGCUAUUGUUGAAGCAAGGCCUCAGCUUGAGAAGGAGGCACUGGACCUGGAGAGAGCCGUCUCCGAUGUGGCAAUUGAGACCAAGGAGGUUGAGGAAAGAAUUGCUCAUUUUGAGGAAUGUGAUUUACAGAUGGAAAAGGAGUGGCAACAGCUGAUGCAGCUUAAGAACCUGAUCUUCAUUGAUCAACUUACUUUGCUGCUGAAUAAAGCUAGUGCUCCAAAAACUGGAGAAACUAUUGGGGAGGAGGUGAUAGAUGUUAAGGCAGAAUGACAAAUCCCUUUAGCAUAAUAUGGUCUCUCUUAGUUGCUUACCAAUGUAGUGGGAUUUAGUAUUUGUUAAAUAUUAGGCAGUAGCAAAUUCAGAGGAAUCAUAUUGCAGAAUUAAUUUGUUUGGCUGCUAACCCCAUAUUUCCUUCCUUACAUGUUGUAUUUCCCUUGGUAGAACUUGUAAUUUACAUUUUUUGUUGUGUUCUCUUUAGUAGUGUAAACCGAUAAUGAAAAAUUCUCCCAGUUGGCUAAUAAUAAGCUCUUCGUGCUGUUCUCUA